AUGCUCUUUCUACAGUACUUCCCUCCAUUACCUUCCCUCCAAAACCCUAACUCCGACCACACCCACUUCUUCAUUCCCAUAAAAAACCCCAAUCCCUCACCCAUAAAUCUCCACCCACUUCCCAAAACCCACAAAUAUCCCAAGCUCUCAAUCAAAACCCACUUCAGAAAACUCGUCUGCAAUGCCUUGAAGGACUCCGGUGAAGAAAAGAAGGUGUCUUUGGACAGUGGAGGCGGCGGAGACGGCGGAGGAGGUGGCAGCGGCGGCGGCGGCGAUGAUGGGCAGGGGGAGAAGAAAAGUGGGCCCCUGCCGGAAUGGUUGAACAUAACUACUGACGAUGCUAAGACAGUGUUUGCGGCAAUUGCGGUGUCGCUUGCGUUUCGGACUUUCAUAGCUGAGCCGAGGUUUAUUCCUUCCUUAUCAAUGUAUCCUACGUUGGAUGUUGGAGAUAGAAUUGUAGCUGAAAAGGUUUCAUAUUACUUCAGAAAGCCAUGUGCCAAUGACGUAGUUAUCUUUAAAAGUCCACCAGUCCUUCAAGAAGUAGGAUAUACUGACCUUGACGUCUUCAUUAAACGGAUAGUGGCCAAGGAAGGUGAUACUGUAGAGGUUCGCAAUGGAAAGCUUAUAGUUAAUGGGGUCGAGAGAAAUGAAAAGUUCAUCCUUGAACCACCUUCUUAUACUAUGACACCAAUUACUGUGCCAGAGAACUCAGUAUUUGUGAUGGGGGACAAUAGAAAUAACAGCUACGAUUCACACGUAUGGGGUCCACUGCCAGCCAAGAACAUUUUAGGACGAUCAAUCUUUCGGUACUGGCCCCUGAAAAGGAUUGGUGCCACCGUUCUUGAGACUGGAUGUGCUGUUGACAAGCAGGAGAGCACUACAGCAUCUCAACCAAAGGAUGGUGCAGCAUUGAAUUGAAAAGGAAUUGAGAGUCUGCUAGUCUGCUUAACCCAUGUCUUUCAAAAAAUUUGUGUAACAUAUCUCGCGGGGGCUAAUUUUUUCGAAGGCCCUGUUAUUGUAGAUUGCAAAUCUGAACCUUAAUCUGAGUGCAACUUAUUUUACACAUC